UUGGAGCAGGAACAUAGCGCUCAGACCCAGCUAGAGGCAGAACUGACUCGACUCUCUGAUCAACUGCAGCGCCUCAACCAUGAGGCUAACCAACUCGAGUCGUCCGACCUUCCGGCCGCACAGCUGGAAGUAAAAAACGCCGAAAUUGAGAGACAGCAUGUAAUAGCAAACAAAGAGGUCGCCAUCGAGGCCGUACAAACUAAAGUGGACGACCUUCGAAAUCGUCUUCGUCGUGUUCAAGAGGCAUGUGCUGGGGCCUCGCGACUAUUUUGCUCUCUAGGUUUAUCGAACAAUAUGCAAGGUCAGCAAGAGCUGAUCAGAAGAGCCUCUGAGGCCUCUCAGCAACUUACCAAAUUAGUCGAACAGGCAGAGACUUUGCGUGGAUCCUUUGAUAAACUUCAGCCUAAGUUAGAGGACGCUCGUCAAGAAGUUGCCAAUCACAAAGUGAAUAUUACUUUUUACUACGAUUAUGCUGUUUGGCUACUUGUAUGUAUCUAA